GCCUGCCUAGGGUUUACUCCUCCCCGCCGCCGUCGCUCGCGCCUCCUAUCUUCUUCUUUCGUGCUCUCCUCGCGCUCCGUCCGCUUCCCUUCAUCCCUCUAUCUCUCGAUCUCGCCGGCGGUGGAAAUGGCAGAGGUGGAGGCGCAGACGCAGCAAGUUAAGCUCUUCGGCUGCUGGGACUUCGAGGACGUCCAGGUCAAUGACAUCUCUCUGGCUGAUUACCUUGCUGUCAAUCCUACAAAGCACGCCAUAUACCUUCCCCACACUGCUGGAAGGUAUUCUGCUAAGAGGUUCCGCAAGGCUCAGUGCCCAAUUGUUGAGAGGCUGACAAACUCUUUGAUGAUGCACGGACGCAACAAUGGCAAGAAGAUCAUGGCUGUUCGCAUUGUGAAGCAUGCUAUGGAGAUUAUUCACCUGCUGACUGAUGCGAAUCCUAUCCAAAUUAUCGUUGAUGCCAUCAUAAACAGUGGGCCAAGAGAAGAUGCGACUCGUAUUGGGUCUGCUGGUGUUGUUAGAAGGCAGGCAGUUGAUAUAUCUCCUUUGAGGCGUGUGAACCAGGCAAUCUACCUUCUUACCACUGGUGCUAGGGAAAGUGCUUUCAGGAAUAUCAAGACCAUCGCAGAGUGUCUUGCGGAUGAGCUUAUCAACGCAGCUAAAGGCUCUUCUAAUAGCUACGCCAUCAAGAAGAAGGAUGAGAUUGAGCGUGUUGCAAAGGCCAACCGUUAAACAUCUCAUGUAAAGUAGGAAAAGCGAAGUUUUGGGUGAAGAAUGCUUUAUAUAUAUCUAUGUACUUCUACCCAGUUUAUUUGUGAAGUUGGCUUGGCGGUGAAUCGUCAGACCUCUGUUCCCGAAGAAGUUUGAAGUACCUUUCCUUUUCUGGCUGUCUUAAAGAGGGUUAGCCGUUGUAUGGAUUGAAGUUUUGCCACAGUUUGUAAUCGUUUAACAUGCUGUCAGCUAUGCAGCCCGAUACUUUAUGACAGUAAACAAGUGCUCCCAGUUCCAGUGGUUUUGGUA